AUGGCUUCUGCCCGCAUCGCCUUCCCUAAUGCGUGCAGAGUAGUUGAAGUCAAAAAGAAGAAGGUCGUCUGUAUCACAAUCCACAAGAAGAUUCCUAGGAGCAAUAUCUUGAUGGACAAUUCCAUAUUUGAGAUUCAAAUCGUCAACAACAGAAAGAAGGUGCCUCAACCAACUAAGCUUGAACUGCUUCCUAUCCUCGAGGGUCCCGCCGGGAAUAAACUUGGUGGUAAAUCCAACGAUGACAUCUCCAUCGCCCAGUUUAUCGGAGACAACUCUGUCGAAGGGAACAAUGUGACGGUUGGCCGGUAG